GCACUGCAGAAACCAGUGUGAGCCUUCCCACUCCUUAUCAGGAGAGGCUGAGAGCAGGAUGAAACCAGCACUCUUCUAAAGGAGAGAGUUGCUUCAUGAUCUCGGCUUAGAAGUUGCCUCGACAUUUUCAGCCCCCUCUUUGCAGAGGAGAAACCAGCUGCAUGUUUGCUGCAACCUCUGUCUCUGCAGAUAGGGAUUUAUCCACUGUAGUAAGUCCUGCUGCUUUAGACAUCAACUGAGGCACCUAAAUCUCAUUCUUCUUCCAACGACUUCACCUCUGCUAGAAAUAGCCUGUUUGAAACUUCCUUUCAGCAAGCUUCUCAGAAAGCGUUCCGGGAGAUAUGAAUGCCACCCAUGCCCAGAGCAAUGUCAGCAACAUUAGCACUGCUGUGGAAUUGUUCCAGCUCAUCCUAUACACCCCCACCUUCACCCUGGGACUGCUGUUCAAUGCCAUGGCUCUGUCAGUCCUGUUUUUCAAGGUUAAGAAGCUGUCAGAAUCCACAGUGUACAUGAUAGCCCUUAUUUUCCUGGAUACUUUGUUGCUGUUUACUCUUCCUUUUAAAAUCGUUUCCUACCACCAACAGGGCAGAUGGAAUUUGGGAUCUGUGUUUUGUUCCACCUUGGAGAGUCUUUACUUUGUGAACAUGUAUGGCAGCAUCCUCAUCUCCCUCUGCAUCUGUGUAGACCGGUACAUUGCUAUCCAGCAUCCCUUCACGGCUUCUGCCCUGAGAUCUACCAAGAAAGCUGCCAUGAUCUGUGCAGUCAUCUGUCUGGGCACCUCAGCUGGCACAGUCUCCACCUUCCAAUUGCAUGGAGAGGGAAAGAACAUCUCCUCCUGCUUCCAUAACUUCUCCAAGAGCACAUGGGAAAACAUAGGCCUGUUCAGUGCCUUGGAGACUGUCUUCUUCACCAGCACAGCAGUCAUGACCUUCUGCACUGCUCAGACUGUCAGGUGCUUGAGGAAGCACAGGAGAUCAGAAAAGCCCCAAGCAGACAUGACCAGAGCAGAGAAGAUAGUGGUGACAAACCUUGCUGCGUUUUUGGUCUGCUUCACCCCCUACCACGUGGCUUACUUCCUGUACUUUUUGGUGAAGAACAGCAUCAUCCACACCAGCUUCCAGCAAGCACUACGGCACACGGUGCAGGUCACCCUGUGCUGGGCAAACCUGAACUGCUGUCUGGAUGGGCUGUGUUACUAUUUUGUUUUAAAGGAGUCCUUGGAAGACCCAUCACAAACCAGCAAAAAAACAGCCAAGCAGAAGCCUUGAUCCACAUGCUGCAUGCUAGGUACUUGGGGUGAUGGGUGGAGAGGUUUUUGUGGGAAGAGCAGGGUCCUGCACUACUUACCUAAGCAAUUUACUUUAAAUGCUCAGAGCUGGAAAUGCUUCAUAAAAACCAGAACUAAGUCCUCUCCCAGAAGAGUGCUUCUAACUUUCCUUGUUUCCUUUCAUGACAUUUUGUGCUAACAUUUACAGGUAAGAAUCAAUUGAAUGAUUCCUGUAAACGUUGGUUCCUAGCUCUUCGGAUGAGAUUCUUUACUUUGAAAGCAAAACAAAAUAAUAAAUCAUUCACUUCUC